AUGUGGAUUUUAGGGAAACUGAAUAGUCACAAAGAAGGCAACUCUAUCAAUCAAGCAAAACAAUAUGACAAAGAAAAUCCUAAUUCAUGUUCACGGCUACGAUUGCAUAUUCUUCUUGAGAAAAAAAAUAAGAAAAAAGAAAAAAAUAGCAUAUAUACUAAAGCGGUGCGAGACGACGGCAGCCGUGACAAGGUUUCGAGCAGGAAUUUCAUCGCCGGACGCGAAGUUUAUCUUGUCGAACACUAUGAGAGUGGUGAUUCAAUGGUGAACUACGAGCAUCAUGGUGAACCAUAUGUAGCUGAAGAAAUUAUGGAUAAAGCCAAUGACAUUGAAAAUGUUGAUUGGAGUGGAGAUGAGUCGGAUACUGAUUAUUCGGAUAAUGAAGAGAAAAUUGUUUUUAAGCACCAUGAUUAUUAUGGAUAA